GCGAGGUGAAGUCUCCCCUCGUUCUGCCAUACUGAAGCAGGUGUCCAACAUGGCGAUCACUGGCAACGGCUCUCUCGCUACUUUUCUCUUUUUAUUCCUGGUUCCGGCGGCUCUUCACAAAGGAGCGGCUCAGACCCCAGUGGUGAGUCAGAACCUGGUGACGGACGACGUGUGGGUGGUAGAGGGCGAGAUGGCCACCAUCAGCUGCCGCGUCAAGGACAGCGACGACUCGGUCAUCCAGCUCCUGAACCCCAACCGACAGACCAUCUACUUCAGGGACAUGAGACCCCUGAAAGAUGCGCGCUUCCAGCUGGUGAACUUCUCGGAGAAUGAGUUGCGGGUGUCGCUGUCCAACGUGUCUCUGUCUGACGAGGGCCGCUACGUGUGCCAGCUGUACACAGACCCCCCGCAGGAAGCCUACGCCGACAUCACUGUGCUGGUUCCUCCGGGUAACCCCAUCAUCGAGGCCCGGGAUGAGGUCCUGCGCGAGGGCAACGAGACGGAGAUGACGUGCACAGCCAUGGGAAGCAAGCCCGCCGCCACCAUCAAGUGGAUGAAGGGCGACAAAGAGCUGCCAGGCAAGCCCAAAGUGGAGCUCGCCUAUGACAAGAUGUACACGGUAACCAGCCGGCUAGCGUUCACCGUCAGCAAGGAGGACGACGGCGUGCCUGUGGCGUGCAUCGUCGAUCAUCCCGCGGUCAAGGACUUCCAAGCAAAAAAAUACCUGGAGGUGCAAUACAAACCUGAGGUGAAGAUAGUGGUGGAGUUUCCCCAGGGCCUGACGAGGGAGGGGGAGAACCUGGAGCUAACCUGCCAAGCUAAAGGCAAGCCCCAGCCGCAGAAGGUGAACUGGGUGAAGGUGGACGACGAGUUCCCGUCCCACGCCGUCAUCACGGGCGGCGACCUGUACAUCGAGAACCUCAACAAGUCGUACAACGGAACGUACCGCUGCGUGGCCACCAACACGGUGGGCGAGGCCUACGAAGACUACGUCCUCUACGUCUACGAUGCCCCCACCACCACCCCUUUACCCACCACCACCACCACCUCCACCACCCCCGCCUCCACCACCUCCGCCGCCAUCAUCUCCCACUCCCACGGCCCUCAAGACUCCGCGCCCAGCACUGAACCCGCAGCACAUGAUUCCAGAGCUGGCGAGGGAUCUCCGAGAACGGUGGACCACGCCGUGAUCGGCGGCGUGGUGGCGGUGGUGGUGUUCGCCAUGCUCUGUCUACUCAUCGUGCUCGGACGCUACUUUGCGAGACACAAAGGUACCUACUUCACACACGAGGCCAAGGGCGCGGAUGACGCCGCGGACGCUGACACGGCCAUCAUCAAUGCCGAGGGCGGCCACACCAACUCGGACGAGAAGAAGGAGUACUACAUCUAGAGGAGGGCCCCUUCUCGCCCGACGGCGGCCCUGCCCGGGCCCUGGGUGGGACCCGGGCGAAGGGUGCUAGGGGGGCGAGGUGGGCGGUGGGUGGGUCGAGGAGGUGGAGGGGAGGGGAGGUCAGGUAGGUGGGUGGGCCUGGUGAGGUUUCGAGUUUGGAUUUGGAGAGAGUUAGGGACGAUCUUUGAUGGUUGUUGUUUUGUUUUGUUUUAUGAAGUAUUUUUAUGUUCUUUUAGUUUUUUAUUCAUUGUUUAAUCUUUUUGGGGCUGGGUGGGGGGGGGGGUGUUGGAGGAGGUGAGGAAGGGAGGAGUUUUUUAGAGGGAAGGUUUUAAGACGUGUUUAGACUAGUAUGCGACUGUAGAUGGAAUGUUUUAUGUGUUUCAACAAAAAAAGACAGUGGCAUGACGGGCAUGGAAAUGGGUUACCGGGUUUUUGGGGUUAUAUUUGUUCACGGGUCUUUAUUUUUUUUUUACAUUUGUUUGGGUAUGCUGGAAGGUAUCUGGGUGGAAGUGGGACGGUGUGUGUGUGCCAGACCUAUCCAGCACAGAAUCACUUUUAAAAGACCCUAACCAUUUGACACCUCCCUUAAAAACAAAAAAAAUGGAAAAAAAAGAAACUGCUGGUACGAAUUUUUAGUUUCAACCAUUUGCAGAAAAUUCUGUGCCUUGUUCUAAAUUUACUUUCUUUCUUUCCGUUUCUCUUCUUCUCGCCAUAUACUGGAUUUGUGUUAAGACUCAUUAGCAUCCCCCCCUUGUCAUGUCUCCUCAUCUCGGCUUCUGCUUUUACACUCUCUUCUGGCGGGUAUCAAGCGUCUGUCUGCUGAAAGGGGGAAGGAGAAAAAGCCACAGCGACACACUGUAGAGGCUUCAUACCCUCAGGAGAGGUGUCUGUACAAACGCUACCCCCAAACGUCACAUGACUAAAGCUGGUGCGAUCCCCCCUUCCUAUGAUGCUGUGAUUAGUUCUAAGCCCCUCACUCCUGCCAUGGUUUCACCCCCUCCCCCCCCUUCACUGUCACGCCAUAUCCUGUUCCUCAUAUCAACUGUGGAAAUAAUAUCAUACACUUUCUACAAUUGUUUAUGUUUUUCCUUGUUGUUUUUCAAAGACUUUCCUACGUUCCAAUCGUUUUAAAUUAAUAUGGAUCCUGAAUAUCUAUAUUUGGCCAAAUAGGUUCCCAAGUGCGUUGUUAACUGUAUUUAUUUUAAUCGAGUCAGUUUUAUAAUUCCAAAUAACAAACACGGCUUACAGCUUCUUAGUGGUCCCUCCGUCAAGAUACAAAGAAAAAAGAAAAAAAACGUAUAUUUGCCAACGUUUAGCGUUAAAAUACUUAACUACGUACUUAAGCCUCGACCUCAUUCGCCACGAGCAACACCAGAUUUGAAAGUGGUCCGAGCUCGGACCGACACGCAGAGAGGUGUGUGUCGCAGGCCAAAGCCGCUGCACGGACCCCUUCGCCCCAUCACCACCUUCAGCGGUCGGUGUGGUCCUGUGGUUCCCGACAUUACAUCACAGUACUAAUCCUGUACAGCAAAGUAGUUUGUGUUGUUGUGUUACUGGCACGUAAAUCCUCCCCCCACCCCCCCAGACCCAAUCACAUGUCACGUAUAUACGAUGCACACACUUACCCAUCAACGUGAGAUAUAUCCCCCACCAUCUUUCAAGGGAGCGCUUUGUGGGUUUUUGUUUAUAUCUUGCUUAUUGUUGUGAGCUAAUGAAACUAGUGAAUUGGUUAUGGCAUAGCCUCCGUUGUAAGGAUAAGGUAGCAGAGAUUUUUUUUUGUGUCUACCUUAUUUUACCUGGGUUUUUAUCACGGCUUUGUUUACAGCAUUUACUUUCAGAAUUUUAUUUGCGACGCUUGUAUGCAAGUGAUGUCCGAUCGCGUCAAACACCCCGUCUCUCAGAUGCAUGUCGUACUGCGAGCACCCCCCCCCGCCCCUCCCUCCCAUUGUCUUAUUUAUCUGCUUCAUGUAUAACCUGCCAACACUCAAACAAGGAGCUGCUUCACAGGCCCCAGAGGGGAGUGGCGCCGGAUGCCAAACUUGAUCACACUUGUUUUGUUCCCCACCUCAGUCUUCUACACCAAACCCUAAUGUGGGUCUCUGUACUGCGGCGGCAGCGCCUGCGUUUUCAUUACCCGUCAACGUCGCCCGGCGUCUGACACAGCGAGUGGGAGGAGGAGGUGAAGGGGUUUGGAGGCGCCGUCUUUUGUGUUUUCUGUCUCUUUUACUUCGCACAAGGCACGAGAAGAAACGCUCCUCUUGAUGUAUCAGUACAUUGGAUCACAGUUUGGUACGUCAAAGGGCGUGGAGGCAACGCAUCCAAAUGGAGGUUCAGCUGUGUGGCGCAUACAUUUUGGGGAGAAAGGUUAGUUCUAGGGGGGCUUCCGCGGCGGACCUGAACUGCAAACGUCUCUGCUAGGAAGAAAUGCUUGAUUAAUCCGCUUUCUAAUGGCGUUUAGAAGGGAAUGAAUUUCCCCCGUUAUAUACUGUGCCGGUCCCCGGGUUGGACUCUGAAGAUGGAGGUUUUAGAAGCAUGAGGAAAGAGGGACGUGUCACAACAGAUGCUGUGUAUACAAGGCUCCUUUGUACUGUUGUGUUGUUUGUGGCAGUUAGACGGGAGUUGUUUUUUAUGGACAUGCUGUUCACAAAGGAUUCACCACUAGGUUUAACACUGUAUGGUCAUAGCAUUGCUGGGCGUUUGGCUCUUUGUGUUGUGGAGACCGGGUGCUCGUGGGGGGGUUGGGUGGGGGUUGGGGGUCGGGGGGGUCGGCCAGGCGGUGGGGUGUUUGUCGGGUUAGGGACGAGGGUUAGACUGCAUUGCGGUCGUGUUGGUAAAAUUACAUUUUCUUUUUUGCUUUAUUUAACCGAAUCCUGGAUGGGGUUCCACUUCCAUCUGUUAGAUUGUGAAUGUGUCAAACAGUGAGCACUUUUUUUUUUCUUUAAUUAUCAUUUUUUUGAUUCAGUGAUGUGUCACAGCUUCUAUUCAAACAGCAAACAAGAGAAAGAGAGAGAGAGAGAGAGAGAGAGAGAGAGAGAGAGAGAGAGAGAGAGAGAGAGAGAGAGAGAGAGAGAGAGAGAGAGGGAAAAUAGCACUGCUUGCCAUGGGCCGUGAAAGAGAGUGUCUUCACCCUUGUGCGGCUGACGCAGUAAUGACUUACUUUAUACUCGUAAAAUAUUUUUGUCGCUUAGGAUACCUGGAGCUUCCAUAAGUUUGAUGUGAACUCCAAGACUCCUGUCCUUACACAGUACCACUCAAAAUAAUGAUUCAACAUAAAGGCAGGGAGAAGGCGGGGAGAAAAGUGCAUAACGAUAAUGAACAAAUUCCAAAAUGGUUCAAUUCGUCAUACUCUGAAAAAGUACUGAAAUAAGAAAUCUUUCACCAUUGGUCUUCAUGGGGGAUUGUAUUUUUUUUAUAAACUCCAGCCCCAACCUUGAGAUAUAUUAGACGUCGGUCUAACAGUGUGGGUCAUAGUGUUAUCCAGCCUUCAUGAUGGAUUCCUUCAACACUGUCCUGUCUCAGGUUCAUGCAUUACCUUGACGUGACUUCAUCUCAGGUAGAAAUGCAAACAAUUAGGGCCCCUACCUAUUAAUGUCAUCCGUAUAUUAAGAACAUUGAGUCAGCAUCAACGCAGCAAAGCCCAUCCCUUGCUCCCCUCCCUCCCUCCCACCACCACCAAAAAACAAAGUCUCAAUUUGUGGUAUAUUUUGCAUAUGAGCUGUACAUGUCCUCUGUAAUUCUUUUCUUUUUCUUAAAUAUUUUGUGCACUGUAUAAAUCGUGUUAAGUAUUGCUUUGUGUCAACAUAGAUCACAAAUGGCGACUCUGCUUAUUAGAGAAAAGUGGACUCAGAAACUCGUAGUGGCUGUACAACAUGUCGACUUCACUGGCCUCGGCUUUUGGUUUCAUACCCGAGAUGUUUUGAUGGUUUUUUCACUCAUUGGUUUUAGAUUAUUUUUUUGUCUCUUUGCUGUUCUUGGGAAAAUGUUAAUGUGUAUCGAUGGAGAAACAAAAGAGAUUCACAUUCCCAUACACAUUUUGUAUUGGUUCAUAAAUAGACAUUUUUACAAAACAAUGAAGAGUUCUUGUCUUAAUAAAAAAAGAUAUUAAUGUUCAAAA